AUGGCCGACCGCUAUUCCUUUCCGUCCAAUCCGGCCACCAACCCCGACUCGAUCGUGACGGGCCGCAAGGGGAGCCACUACCGCUUCAGCGUCCUCACCGAGCGCCUGCUGCGCUACGAGUGGUCCGACGAAGGCAAGUUCGAGGACCGCGUCUCCACCGUCGCCGUGUUUCGCUGGUUCGAGAAACCCGAGUACUACGUCCGGGAUCUCAAGGACAGCCUCGAGAUCAAGACAUCUCACUUUCAUCUCAUCUACGACAAGAAGCCCUUUUCCCCCGAGGGCCUCCGUGUUAAGGUCGGCAAGGACGUCUGGUCCUACGACGGAAAGAGCUACGGCGACCUAGGCGGCACCGCCAGGACCCUCGAUGGCGUCAAUGGCCGCAUCGGCCUUGCCGCCGGCGUGCUGUCUCGCAGCAAGGCUUACGCCGUGCUCGACGACAGCGAGUCGAUGCUCUUCGACGACGGCUGGAUCGCCAUCCGCCGCAAGGGCCACAAGGACGGCUACCUGUUUGCCUACCACGGCGACCACAAGGCCGCCGUCAAGGACUUUUACCGCCUCUCGGGGAACCAGCCCGUCCUGCCGCGCUGGGUCCUGGGCAACUGGUGGUCUCGCUACCACGAAUACACGGCCGACGAGUACAUCGAGCUGGUCGACCAUUUCAAGCGGGAGGACAUCCCACUGAAUGUCGGCGUCAUUGACAUGGACUGGCAUCUGGUCGACAUCCCGUCCAAGUACGGCAACGGCUGGACCGGCUACACCUGGAACCGCGACCUGUUCCCGGAUCCCGAGGCCAUGCUCAAGGACCUGCACAGGCGAGGCCUCAAGAUAGCGCUUAACGACCACCCCGCCGACGGCAUUAGAGAGUUCGAGGACGAGUACAGGGCCGUCGCCAAGUACCUGAAGCACGACACCUCCAAGGGCGCGCCCGUCAGGUUCGACUGCUGCGACAAGAAGUUCCUCGACGCCUACUUUGACGUCCUCAAGGUCGCACUCGAGAAGCAAGGCGUCGACUUCUGGUGGAUCGACUGGCAGCAGGGCACGGAAUCGAAGCUGCCCGGAGUGGACCCGCUGUGGGUGCUCAACCACUACCACUACCUAACCAGCAAGCGCGGCCUCGGCAACCUCGAGAAGCCCAUCACCUUCUCGCGAUACGCCGGGCCCGGAUCCCACCGCUACCCCAUCGGCUUCUCGGGCGACACCGUCAUCAGCUGGGCGUCGCUCGAGUUCCAGCCCGAGUUCACGGCCACGGCGUCCAACAUUGGCUACGGCUGGUGGAGCCACGACAUCGGCGGCCACUUCUCCGGUAUCCGGUCCAACGACCUCACGGCCCGCUGGGUGCAGUUCGGCUGCUUCUCGCCCAUCAUGCGUCUGCACUCGACCAAGAACCAGUGGAACUCCAAGGAGCCCUGGAAGUACGAGUGGGAGACGUUCCAGGUGAUGAAGAAGUACCUCAUCCUCCGCCACCGCCUGAUUCCCUUCCUGUACACCAUGAGCAUCAGGGCGGCCUACGAGGGUGAGCCCUUGAUCCAGCCCAUGUACUGGAACCACAAAGACGACGAGGCAUACACGGUGCCCAACCAGUAUUACUUCGGCCCGGAUUUGAUCGUCGCGCCCAUCACCUCGCCCCUCAGCACCACGACCCUGUUGGGCGGCGUGCGCGCCUGGCUUCCCGCCGGCCGCUAUGUCGACCUGUUCCACCCGAGCCUGGUCUACCGCGGCAACCGUGACGUGUACGUGCAUCGCAACAUGUCCGAGAUCCCCGUCCUGGCCAGAGAGGGCACCGUCAUCCCGAUCGACUCGACGCCCAAGCUCGCCAACGGCUCGUUGCCGCCGACCGAAAUCACCAUCCUGCUCGUCGUCGGCGCCGACGGCUACUUUGAGCUGGUGGAGGAGCCGCUGGACGAGGAGGCGAGCAUGCAGGUGACGCCCGCGCAGAGCUCGUACAGGCGCACGCCCAUCACGUGGAAGCAGAAGGAGGGCAUCAUCAUCAUCGGGCCCGAGUGGAACGGUGUGGCCAACGAUAGGAACUGGCGCACGUGGAACCUCAAGCUGGUGGGCCACACGAGCACGGCGGCGCGCAUCGACGCCCAGGUCGGCAGCCACCGCGUGACGGUGGUGGACGGCGGCAAGUCGACGCUGAUCGAGCUGGGGCCCGUGCACCGCUUCGCGGCUAAGGGCACGGCGUUCGAGAUCUCGCUCGGCGACGACCUGCAGCUCGACGUCGUCGACAUCCCUGCCCGCGUCCAUGACGUGCUCUACCGCGCCGAGACGUACUACGACACCAAGGAGGCGGUCUGGCGCCUCAUCACCGAGGACGGGGACGCCGUCGAGCACCGCGUCCAGCGCCUGUUCGAUUGGGGCGUCGAGCGCACCCUCAUCAACGCCCUCGUCGAGAUCUGGGCGGCCGACGAGCGCGCCUCGGGCACCGCGGCCGGACACGAGCUGUGGGCGACGGACAUCCCGAAGGCAGCCGAGGUGGAGGAGGUGGAGAGCUCGGGCGACGAGUUUGUCGUGGUUUGA